UCUUCUCUGCUUUCAGGCCUAUAAUGAGGAAAUUUCUGUCUGACCAAUAUCAGGGGCACAUCAGCUGCUGUACUAAGUUUCUUCAAAUAUCCUGGAAUUGUGUCAAGUUUAUCCGAGAAGUAACACCAUAUAUCAAGAAGCCAUCCCUAGUAUCAGAUCUGCCAUGGGAAGGUGCAGCUCCUCAGUCACCAAGCUUUAGUGGCAGUGAGGACUCUGGUUCUCCAAAACACCACAACAGCACCAAAGACAGGAAGGUCAUCCCUCUCAAAAUGUGCUUUGCUGCUAGAAACUUAAGCAUGCCGGAUCUUGAAAACAGAUUGAUAGAGCUACAUUCUCCUGAUAGCAGAAACACAUUGAUCCUACGCUGCAAGGAUACAGCCACAGCACACUCCUGGUUCGUAGCUAUCCACACCAACAUAAUGGCUCUCCUCCCACAGGUACUGGCUGAACUCAAUGCCAUGCUUGGUGCAACCAGUACAGCAGGAGGCAGCAAGGAAGUCAAGCACAUUGCCUGGCUGGCAGAACAGGCAAAACUAGAUGGUGGAAGACAGCAGUGGAGACCUGUCCUCAUGGCUGUGACAGAGAAAGACUUGCUGCUUUAUGACUGUAUGCCAUGGACAAGAGAUGCCUGGGCAUCACCGUGUCAUAGCUACCCUCUUAUAGCCACAAGGUUGGUUCAUUCUGGCUCUGGAUGUCGAUCGCCCUCCCUUGGAUCUGACCUCACAUUUGCUACCCGGACGGGCUCUCGGCAGGGCAUUGAGAUGCAUCUUUUCAGGGUGGAGACGCAUCGGGAUCUGUCAACCUGGACCAGGAUACUAGUUCAGGGUUGCCAUUCUGCUGCUGAGCUGAUCAAGGAAGUUUCUCUAGGCUGUACAUUAAAUGGCCAAGAGGUAAAAUUUACUGUCCAUUAUGAAAAUGGGUUCACUGUCUCCAGGGAGAAUGGAAGCUCCAGCACUGUGUUGUUCCACUACCCUUUUGAAAGGCUGAAGAUGUCUGCUGAUGACGGCAUCAGAAAUCUCUAUCUGGAUUUUGGUGGUCCUGAGGGAGAACUGACCAUGGACCUGCAUUCUUGUCCAAAGCCAAUUGUGUUUGUGUUGCACACAUUCUUGUCAGCAAAAGUCACUCGCAUGGGACUGCUUGUCUAAGCAGCAAAAGUCAGAAAAGAGCCUUGACUGUCACCAAAAGUUUCACCUCAAAAAAAAAAAGGAAAAAAAAAAAAGCACAAAAGAAAGCUCUUUGCUCUCUUUUCUCCAGUACAGUGCCUUCCCAAGGACCUGCAAAUCACUGCU